AUGUAUCAAACAACGCCAACAGAUGACACAAAUAUCAAUUCUUUAGAUUCAACAUUUAACUCUGAAGAGAUUAUUUCAAUAUUAAAGCCAAUUCUCGCAAAGAAUAUCAACUCUGAAAAAUUAAAGACAAAUAUUUUAUCCAAAGUUAUCAAAGAACUCAAAGAAACUUCUUUGGCAAUGAAAACAGAUAGAAUCAACCGCAGAAUUCAGCAAAUUACCAACAUGAUUAAUGAUACUUCACCAAAUAGACGUUCAGAUGAAGAAAUCAAUAUGCGUCUUAACGCCGUUCUAAGUGAAAUAUUUGAUAUUCUAUCUUUUGUACAGAUGCUUAGCGGAUUAAACCCUCAAGGAGCAAAAGAUUUCAAAAUUUGCGUUAAUUUCUUGGAAGCUUUUCAUUUCCUUUACAAAAUCAUGCAAAUGAUUAAAUGGGUCAGACCUAUCCCUCGCCAAGUCCAUGCUUUACGUGAUUCCUUCGAAACUUCUUGCAUGCAAAUUUUCACAUCGAUAUUAAACCAAAAUAUCAUGAAUUUUGACUGCCAAGAAACUUUGAAUAAUUGUCUUUCAAUUUUACUUGAAGUUGACGUUAAAGGUGUUUAUUCUCAAAAUAUGAUACCUCCUUUACGAGUUUAUUACGAAAAAAUACAAUACGAAGCAUUCAAGGCGAACCCUACUAUCUUCCAACUGAACGCUGUCCUUGGCCAAGCGAUGAGAAACCGUAAUUUAACAGAUUUAACAAAAUACAUUGAUAUGUUAGAAGUUGCGCCAACUGAUCCAAGGAAAGUCUUCAUUUUGAUAUCAAAAAUGGGCCAAAUGCCAGAGCUCAAACAAUGUGUGAUUAAUGCAGCUCUAAAAUGCCGUAGUCCAGAUGCAUUAUGCCAGGCUUAUCAAUUUUUCCAUGAUAAUGUUGAAAUACAACAGCAAUAUCUUACAGUUCUUGCAAAUAUUUCAAGUAAUUGGUUGAAUCAGCUUUUAACAUACCUAAGCAGGAAAUUCGGACCUGAUUCAACCGAUCACAUCUCAUCAGAGCAUCAAGUAAGGAGUUCUUAUUCUCAAAUGAGGAAAAUGGUCGAUAGACUCGGAGAAGAAAUGAAAAGAUACAUUUUUCAAACGAUGGCAGAGUCGGAUUCGCUCCAAUCAAUAUUCCUUUUAUAUAAAUCAGGUAAUAUUGACCUCAAUUCUAACGAUGACAUGUUCAAAGACCUUCUUUUGAUUUUCAAUUUAAUUCCAGUUCAAUAA